AUGUACGAGUGUCUGUUCGGUUUCACUCCCUUUGCUUGCGACGACCGCCAUCAAACCAAGCUAAAGAUCCUGCAGCACAAGAAAACUCUGGUGUUUCCGCAGCCAGAUGGUGUUCCAGAACCGAGCAUGGAAGCGCUGGACCUCAUGAUGCAAAUCCUUGUCGAGAAGGAGAAACGCCUCUGUAGCCGUCAGUAUGAGCACAAUGACUUCACCAGGAAGAUUGUUGGUGGCCGACUUGUUCGUUGCGUCGCGGACAAGGCUCAUCAAAACUACCAGGGAUAUUUUGUCUACCCUGGCGAUGCAGAAGAUAUCAAGCGCCAUGCAUGGUUUGCGGAUAUGGAUUGGGACACUUUCUACCGGCGACGUCCGCCUUAUCAGCCUCGCGUCCGAGAUUGGGAAGAUACCAAAUACUUUGAUGACGAAGAUCCCAUCUCCGACAUUGAUUCUGCGACAACACUGGACGAAGUGGGUCUUGCCGUCGGGGUGGAAACUGCUGCUCAAAAUCCAAAUCCAAAGCGCAAAACCACUCAAGUGAGCCAUCAUCAUGCGGAAGGGCAGAACAUUGUCCCAUCCACCGCCAUCAAUCUUCCUCCUCCCCAGGAAUGUCCCGGACUUGGCCUCAACCAUGCUGAAGUCGAGCUUAUCAAUGGGUUAAGAAAUCCUCUCAUGCAACCGCGGGUGAACGGGUGCCCGACAACUGGAGCCACCCUUGUAGAGACGGGUCUCCAUGUUGAAGGCCCUCUAGCGACGGUCAGCGCCGAGAACGUCAAACCUAAGGCCAGGAAGAGGGAAAAGAAGAGGCCUAGGGACAUCAUUCUGCGGGACCCUGCUGCGGGACCGCCAGCUUUAGAGACUCGGAAACUUGGCGCCUUCAUGGGCUAUGAGUAUCGUCAGCCUGCAAUGGCCCAGGACAUUAUAGAACAGGUGGUUGCGGAAGAGAUGGAGGGAAACAAAAUCAAGACGCAUCGGCAAGGAUGUGAUCCGCAUGAUCCUGACCUAACGUACGAGAGGCGGGUAUUCAUGGACGCCGGCGGGCAGUUGUCACCCCGCUACCGGGCUGGGCUGAUGUGAGCGUUCAGUCCUUGACUAUGGUUGUUCCGAUGGUGGUGGUGCUGAGAAAGCGGAUGGGUCUAUUCCGUUUGUGCAUGCUGCGUAUUUCUCUGCCUGGUGGACAGUGUGGCCAUAAGAAGAAGCGGGAUCAGUAAGAUGGUCGACCCAUGCGAAGACAUAAGUUUAGCAUUGGCGAAUGCAUAUUCUUAAUGCACCUCCCAAUGGGAGUCAUCUAACCUCUAUGCUUUAUCAUCUAUGUACAAGGGUGCCCCCUAGAGCUUGGUAUCUGCUUGUUCA